CUAACUGACACUGACAUCCCAAUGACACUAAUACAGUGAUCAGUGCUAAUAAAAAGCACUGAUACUGUACUAAUGGCACUGGACAGGAAGGGGUUAACAUCUGGGGCGAUCAAAGGGUUAACUGUGUGCUGUUUUAGUGUAUGUGCUCAAGCUGCUUUGUAUUGCUCUGCUGUGCAGACCAAUACAAAGCAGCCUGUUCAUGCCAGAGGAGAGAUCUGUGUUGUUUACACACAGACCUCUCCUCUUUCUCUAUUUCUCGGCAAUCACCGCUGGGACCCAGUGAUCAACAGCUGUAGCCGCCAAUGGCGGCACGCCCUCUACCCAGAAAUACAAACU